AUGAUUUUUUUUCUCAGAAGGCUCAUAGGAUCAUCUGUAAUCGAUCAAGAAUCCAAGAGAACAUCGGGGAAGGAGGAAGUUAUGUCUAACAGUCGAUUAGCGCUUGUUAUUAUCAACCAUGCCUUUGAUAAGGUCGUCUCACUGACGUGCCAUUGCGGGAUUUUAUCAGAAAUAAGAUCGGGACUGAUGUUUCUGUUCAGCAUCUUUCAGUUGCUUUGCUCCUUGGGCGUGAUCAUAUUACUAUUGCCCAUUAUCAUAGUGGACGCCAUUGAUCUGUUUCUUUAUAUAUGCCGGUUAAUCGAUUACGGCUGUAAACUGGUCCAUUAUAAGAGAUCAUCCCUAGUGUCGUCGCCAUCGCCGCCGCAAACAGAGGGUACUGCUUUAGACGCGGACACAAGCACUAAAGAGGAGAUAAUCAUCGAUGAGGAAAUAAUAAACAUGCUGAACGAAUCCUCCGAAUCAUUGAUUAAUCAUAUGACAACUGGUUUGAAGUAUGAGAGUCACACGGGGAACGCCACCAAAAAUGACUGUCUCGAUUCUUCGAGUUCAAUGACCUAUGUAGAUCGAAACAGGGAUUUUGACGAAGAAAAGCGGGGUUACUAUUACGAGGAAGAAGACGAUGAUUUUCUAUCUAACACGAAUUUUGAUAAGAUAUCAUUAAUCGAAAGGUCGUUCACGAGUCGUUUCGAAGUGGCUUGUGAGCAGAAGGCUGCUUGA